AUGAUGUACGGCACGGUGUCGAUGCUCGCGUACGGCCAUCUUGUUUGUUAUUCCGUUUCCGCACCGAAUCCGUGUAACGUGAACGAACGUCCGCCGCCGCCGUCGUUACCGACGCGAAAUUGGAACUGCAUAUCCGCGGUGUCCGCGGUAUUUAAUGAAAUUGGGCGUACACUGAGCAAGCCAGUCAAGUUCGUUUUGGCCGACAAAAAAUCGGAACACAACCGCACCGCCACGCCAUUUGGCAAACGAAACAAGAACAGAAAGUCAAAAACGAGUCCUCUGCCCCGUAUUAUGAACCACAUGGUCGAACGGGACAGUCAGAAUGACGUUCCGGAAGAAAUGGAUAUCACUGAAGCGCUAACCAAUGAAGUAUCGCCUUUGAUGUUGGGCAACGCUCAGGAAAUGCCAAUCAUUAACGAUCUAGUGGUACCUGAAUCAAUUCCCACUAUUUCAACUGAUGUAGAGAUGGAAGAAGACAAUGCACGACCCGAAGCAACCUUUAGAUUUGAAAUUGAAAAUUUCAGUAAAUCUAAGGAACAAAGGCUAUCACCUCCUUGUUAUGUUCGUGAUCUUCCAUGGAAAAUAAUGAUAAUGCAUAGAGUAAGCCAAGACAAUCGAUCUGCUAAACCUGCUCAGCCUUCUGUUGGUUUUUUUUCUCAAUGUAAUGGUGAUUCAGAAAAUACUUCCUGGAGCGUUAAGCAAGUGCUGAACUUCGUGUUAUAUCGCAAAAAGAGGGAGAAUGACUGGGGAUUUAGUUUCUUUAUGUCUUGGGAAGAUAUAACCGACGAAGCCAAAGGAUAUAUUAAAAAUGAUACAGUUAUAUUUGAAGUAUCUGUAACAGCUGAUGCCCCGCAUGGUGUAAGUUGGGAUUCGAAAAAACAUACUGGAUAUGUAGGUCUGAAAAACCAAGGUGCCACAUGCUAUAUGAACUCACUUUUACAAGCGUUAUAUUUCACUAAUCAACUACGUAAGGCUGUUUAUAAAAUGCCUACUGAAAGUGAUGAUAGCAAUAAAAGUGUUGCAUUAGCAUUACAAAGAGUAUUCCACGAGCUUCAAUUUUAUGAUAAACCUGUUGGAACAAAAAAACUAACUAAAAGUUUUGGAUGGGAAACACUUGAUUCAUUUAUGCAACAUGAUGUUCAAGAAUUUUUAAGAGUUUUGCUCGAUAAAUUGGAAAAUAAAAUGAAGGGUACAUGUGUUGAGGGCACCAUACCAAAGUUAUUCGAGGGUAAAAUGAUUUCGUACAUAAAUUGUAAAGAUGUGGAUUACACUUCAAAGCGAACUGAAACAUUUUAUGACAUUCAGCUCAAUAUAAAAGGAAAAAAAAACAUUUAUGAGUCAUUCAAAGAUUAUAUACAAGUUGAGAUACUAGAUGGUGAUAACAGAUAUGAUGCUGGAGAGUAUGGUUUACAAGAUGCUGAAAAAGGAGUUAUAUUUGCAUCUUUCCCACCUGUUUUUUAUUUACACCUUAUGCGAUUUCAAUAUGAUCCAGUUACAGAUAGUUCUGUGAAAUUCAAUGAUAGAUUUGAGUUUUAUGAUAAAAUUAAUUUGGAUCAGUAUUUAAAAGUAAAAGAAGAGACCCCAGCUGAUUACAUAUUGCAUGCAGUUCUUGUUCACAGUGGGGAUAAUCAUGGUGGACAUUAUGUUGUUUUCAUUAAUCCUAAAGGCGACGGAAAGUGGUGUAAAUUUGAUGAUGAUGUCGUCUCAAGAUGCCCUAAAGAAGAAGCUAUAGAACAUAAUUUUGGUGGCAAUGACGGAGACGAAAAUAUGAUGCCGAUAAAGCAAUGUACCAAUGCAUAUAUGUUAGUUUAUAUACGUGAUUCUGAAUUAAAAAAUGUGCUACAAGAAGUUACAAUUAAUGAUAUACCAAAAGAGUUGGUAGAACGAUUGCAAGAUGAAAAACGUAUUGAAACAAUAAGAAGGAAAGAGCGAAAUGAUUUACAUAUAUAUACAAAUAUACAAGUUUUUUUGGAAGAUUGUUUUGAUAGUUAUUUGGGAAUAGACUUGUUUGACUUGGAGCAACCUACCUUCCGAACAGUCAAAGUCAAAAAAAACAAUAAUUUAGAAGAAGUCCAUCAAUUAUUAGCAGAAACUUUUAAAUAUCAAUCAAAUCAAAUAAGAAUUUGGCCACUUAUAGCCAGUAAACAUGAAUCUUUGAGACCUAUGUAUCUUGAUGGAGAAGCGAAUGCUUUAAAAACAAUUCAGGAUUUACAUGAUAAUUCAUCAACUACAUGGAAUAUUUGGUUAGAGUUAGUAGAGCCAGGUGUUAGUUCGUUAAUGCCUUUUGAUAGAAGUAAUCAGUCCCUGAUUUUCUUCAAAUUGUUUAUACCAGAAGAGAGGCUGUUAGUUUAUUGUGGUUACCAUUUUGCAAACUUUGAAACAUCAUUAGAUUCUCUUAUUAACAUCAUGAACAAACGAGCUGGUUUUGAGGAAGAUACCAAACUUGCAAUUUAUAAAGAAACUAACAAAAAUGAAAUAGAAAAGAUAACUAAACUUGAUGAUCCAAUUUGUGAAAUAAUUCAGACUUCAACUUAUGGAGAGAUAUUAAUCUACCAAAAAGAAGAGCUUGUGAAAACUUAUCCUUCUGUUAUGGAUCAUUUUAAAAAUAUUUGUUCUCAAGUGUAUAUAACAUUUUGUGAUAAACUUAUUCCUAACGAUCCUGGAUUUACCUUGGGAUUACCUAUGUGGAUGUUGUACCACGAUAUGUUACAAGCAGUUGCUGAAAGAGUAUCUGUUGAUCAACGCAAAUUACAGAUUUAUUUUAGUGUUAAUGGUCAAAAGGAAUGUCCUGGUGAACCAAUUAAAAACUCUUAUAAUGGACCAAUUCGAGACCUCAUAACAAAUAACAGUUAUGGUAAACGAUAUCCUAAGAAAUUCUUUUAUCAGGAAAUGCACAUGCCAGUUGAUGAGUUAGAAAGCAAGAAGCCUGUUAAAAUUAUUUGGUGCGGCCCCAAAUUAAAAGACGAAAGAGAAAUAAUUUUGUAUCUUAAUAAGAAUGAUUCCUCGUGUACUCAUUUUUAUGAAGUAUUACAUGGCAGUGUAGAAUUGUCACCUGAAGGAUCUGGAAAAUUCAGAACUCUAGAAAUUAUGUCAGCUAAAAUAAGUAAAUGGUUCAAUCCUGGAGUAAAAAUGCCCGACAUUGCAACAGUUUUCCCAGCAAAAUACUAUAGAGUAGAAGAAGUACCAACAGAUGAAAUGGAACUCAGUGAAAAUGAAUUAUUAGUUCCUGUUAAUCAUUUUUCAAAAGAAGUAUACUCUACUUUUGGUACUCCUUUUCUUAUUAAAAUAAUACAUGAAGAGACUUUAGCAGAUGUAAAAGAGCGAAUUGUUAACAAGACUGGUAUUCUAGACAAAGAGCUGGAAAAAUAUAAAUUUGCAAUUUGCCAAGGAGUCAGAGCAACUUUUAUUCCUGAUACUCAUAUUAUGAGCUUACAAGAUUUUAAAGCGCCUCCUACCUCUCAAGGACAAGGCCAACGACCAUGGUUGGGCAUGGAACAUCCAAAUAAGACUAAACGCACACGGUUAAAUUAUUUAGAAAAAGCUAUUAAAAUAUAUAACUGA